ACCCCCUUGGGAGGGGCACCUGCUGGGUACGUGCAUGAAGAGGUGGGUCUCUGGGUCACCUGCCCAUGGCUACUUCCUUCUCGCUGUCCCUGUGGGCCCAGCAGCUGCCAGGAUGAGGCUGCUGUGUGGCCUGUGGCUGUGGCUCUCCUUGCAGAAAGUCCUGCAGGGCGAGACCCCAACCCCCCCGCCACUUCCGCCCCCAAUGCAGAGCUUCCAAGGAAAUCAGUUCCAGGGGGAAUGGCUCGUCCUGGGCCUGGCAGGCAACAGCUUCAGGCCAGAGCACAGGGCGCUGCUGAACCCUUUCACUGCAACUUUCGAGCUAAGUGACGAUGGCCACUUUGAGGUGUGGAAUGCCAUGACUCGAGGCCAGCACUGUGACACGUGGUCUUAUGUGCUGAUACCAGCAGCCCAGCCCGGGCAGUUCACCGUGGACCAUGGUGUGGAGCCCGGGGCGGACAGAGAGGAGACCCGGGUGGUGGACAGCGACUACACCCAGUUCGCCCUGAUGCUGUCCCGCAGACACACGAGCAGCCUGGCCGUCCUCAGGAUCAGCCUGCUGGGCAGGAGCUGGUUGCUGCCUCCCGGGACGCUGGACCAGUUCAUCUGCCUGGGCAGAGCUCAGGGCCUCUCGGAUGACAACGUUGUCUUCCCAGAUGUGACCGGUAACGUGGCUCACUUGCAGGCAUGCUGGGCAAUAGGCACGGGGCCCGCAGGUUGACCCUAGAGGAGCUGGACCCAGUGUCUGCCUAGGGAGCUCAGCCCCAGCCUGCACUCAGGGGUCUCCAGGCUCCUAGGUCCCUGCACUCAACCCAGGCUCUGAGCCACCUCCUGCCGCCCCAGAUCCCCUGUCCCGGGCCACCUCCUGCUGCCCCAGGUCCUCUGUCCUGGGCCACCUCCUCCCACCCCAGGCCCCCUGUCCCGGGCCACCUCCUCCCACCCCGGGUCUCCUGUCCUGGGCCACCUCCUUCCACCCCAGGUCCCCUGUCCCGGGCCACCUCCUCCCGCCUCGGGUCCCCUGUCCCGGGCCACCUCCCCAACUCUGGGUCCCCUGUUGUGGGCCACCUCCUCCCCUCACCCAUCCCUGUUCACAAGGAGCUUGGAUUCAACCCAGGAGGUGCCCUGGACCUCAGCAGCCUGCCCUGGGUGGCAGCCCCAGCCUGACCACUCAGAGAGCCCCGGCCCCCAAGGCCCGACUCUUCUUGUGGGAGGGCGAGGUCAGCCUGAGCCCCUCCUCUUCCUGGAGGGAUGCCCACCGUGCCCUUCUGAUUCCUGCCUCUGGUCCUUUACAUGUGCAUAACCACAUGCACACACACUCACGCAUGAGCAAACGUGUACAGACUGGCACAUGCCUCCACAUGCGAACACCCACUUACACACACACCACUCACACUGGCACACAAGCUGUCUACCCAUGCACAGGCACACGUGCUGGUCUGCACACACCUGCACACUCGCUAUGCCAGGCCUCCUGGGUCUGCAGUGAGUCUGGGGGUCCAUGGGGACAGGGACAGGUGAGGGGCUUCCUGAGGACCUGGGGCUGUUGGCAGGGCAGCCGCUGUGGGUCACAUCUUCUGCCCCUUCUCAGCCUCCCUCACCCCAGCCCCUUCCCCUAGACCCACUGCUGGUCCCCUUUCUCCCUCCUGCUCCUCACCCGAAGCCACCUGCCCCUCCCUUGUGCCCUCCCUUGCUUCCUCCUGGGCUCUGUCCCCUGCUCCCUCUUUGUCCUCCAUCCCGACUCCAUCUCCCCCACCAGGCUGGUCACCCCAGGCCAGCGUCUGUUGAAGGAUGAAGCAGCUCCUGUCCGGCCCAGCCCUGCCUCACAGCUGCGCGAGCUCUGCCCUCCUCCACUCUCAAACCUGAAUAAAUGCACCAAGCCCAGAGCCCCAGAGUGUGACCACUGUGACCUUGGGUUGGGCAAAGAGAUGGGAGCAAGGCAACUGCUGACCCUGCAGGGCUGCAACAGCUCCUUCUCUGGGCACACUACGGCCCCCAGCUGGCUCUCUCUGGCCAGUGUGUGUGACUGUAUCAGUGAGGGCGU